UCAAUUCUCCGUUUCGUUCUUGCUCCCCUUCCUUCAUCCUCAUUUGAACUGAAAUCUCUUGGCCUUCUUCGUCUCCUACCGUUCUUGCUCUGUUUCUCUCUUCUCCUCAUUUGCACUCAAUUCUCUGUUUCGUUCUUGCUCCCCUUCCUUCAUCCUCAUCUGCACUCAAAUCUCUUGGCCUUCUUCGUCUCCCAUCGCUCUUGCUCUGUUUCACUCUUCUCCUCUGCACAACCGUUCUUCCUCCUCAGCUUCUUCUUCUUCUUCUUCUUCAUUAUUAUUUGCUACUCCUUUUCAUCACUCUCUGUGUUUUCGCGCUCUUUGUUUCUCAGACAAAAAAUCAAAGAAAAAUGUCUGCCGAUUCUGCCGUUUCAAUUGCGUGGGAUCUCUUCAAGAUCGUGUUUGUUCCCAUCAAGCAUCAGUUCGCAUACGUGCUGUGCUCCAAGAGAUACGCCGACGGUCUUCAGAAGGAAGCCAGGAAUCUGGAGUACGAGGCUGAGAGGGUCCGCAAUGCCGAGGAAGAGGCCAGAAACAAUCUUCGGAAUGUCCACGGAUGGGUCCCAGAGUUUCUGGCAAGUGUUGCGAAGGCCUUGCAGGAGGCGAAGGACCUGUUGGGCAAAUUCGAAGAGGCGAGCAAGAAUUGCUGCCGCGGCGCUCUUCCCGACCCCAUUUGUCGCUAUCAGUUCAGCCGGGAGGCCAAGCACAAGACCGAUGACAUUCAGAAACUCAUUCAAGACAACAGUAACCGGGAGAUCUCCUUCAGCCUUCCUGCUCCGGGGAAUGUCACUGCUCCGGCUCCGGGCAGGAGAGAGGGCAAAGAAGUCAUGCAGUCGGCCACUGCGACGGCCUCUGCUUCUUCUGCCUCUACUGCGAUUAAGGACGAUGGUGUCUUCAAAUCCAGAGCUCAGAUCAUAAGGGACAUCAUGGACGCUCUUGCCAAUAACAGCAACAACGUGGUCGGGGUUUACGGGAUGGGCGGGGUUGGCAAGUCCACCCUUUUGGUGGAUGCCGAAAGGAGAAUAAGGGAAGAAAAGUUGUUCGACCUGGUCGCUAAGGCCGACGUGUCAGAAAAUCCAGACAUAAAAAGGAUUCAAGGAGAGAUCGCGCAUUCGUUGGGCCUGGACAUAAAGAACGAAGAGUAUAUCAACGUGCGAGCAGAGCGUCUGCACACAAGGUUGGAAAAUGAGGAGAGGGAGAAAAAGAAGGUGCUCAUAAUACUGGACAACUUGUGGAAGGGGCUGGACUUGAGAUCGGUCGGCAUUCCUUGCGGACAUGACAACAAAGUCAUAGGAUGCAAGUUGCUGUUGACGUCGAGAAAUCGAGAUGUUUUGCGAAGGGAAAUGGGCUGCGACAGGGACUUCCUCCUUGGUGAGCUGCAGGAGGAAGAGGCAAAAGAAUUGCUCGAGAGGAUCGUGGGGGACAAAGUUCACGUUGACGAGUUCAAACCCUUGGCGGAUGAAGCGCUCCACAAAUGCGCAGGUGUGCCUUUCCUAAUUCUCGCAAUUGCAAAACGUUUUAAAGACGCUGGUUUAUCUGAAUGGAAGGACACUUUGAAAAGAAUCGAGAUGUCUAAAGAUAAAGGAAUCAAUGAUGUGAUAAAUAAGAUGUUGCAACUGAGUUAUGAUGAUUUAGAUGAGGAGGUGAAGUUAACACUACGGCUCUGUGUUGUUUAUGGUGUGUCCGAGCCCUCUCUGGAAAAUCUGGUGAGGUACGGCGUGGGUUUGGGGUUAUACGCAGAAUAUAGUAGCAUAGAGGAAGCUAGGAAUAGGUUGAGCUCAAUAAUACGCACUCUUCAAGCAUCUUCCCUUUUGCUAGAGAAUGGAGACGGGGACGGUUUUAAGAUACAUGAUCUGGUUCGUGAGUUUGUUGCCUCUGUCGCUUCAAAAGAACAACCUAUUCUCGUGUUGAAAGACAAAGAGAAGUUCGUAACAGAGUUGUCAGAGGACAAGCUCAAGAAUUGUAGGGCGAUAUGCUUUCCCUACAUUGACAUGAUGGAGCUUCCCGAAGACUUAGAUUGCCCCGAAUUGCAGAUGUUUUUGUUGUUCACAAACAAUGAAUCUCUUAACGUUCCGGAUUCGUUAUUUAAGUCUAUGAGGAAACUCGGGGUCUUAAGUCUUACUGGGAUACAUCUCGCUCGUUCGCCUUCGUCGUUUCAGUCGUUGGUGAUCUUGCACACGUUGUGUCUUCAUCGUUGUACGUUAGACGAUGUAGCCAUUCUGGGCAAGCUAAAAGAGUUACGAAUUCUUAGUUUUAUGAGCUCAGAAAUUCGGCGAUUGCCGAAAGAAAUUGGACAACUGGUAGAGCUGAGGUUGUUAGAGUUAAGCUAUUGUAUUUUCCUUGAGAUAAUUGAGCCGGGUGUGCUUGGAAGCUUGAUCAAAUUGGAGGAGUUAUAUAUGGAGUAUAGCUUUCAACAAUGGAAUGCCGUGGAGCAAACUGCACCAACUAAUGCCUGUCCGAUUGAGCUGAAUCGAAUGGAGAAACUCCGCAUUUUGCGUAUGCGGUUUAACGAUCCGAACGUGCUUCCAGAGGAUCUAAACCUCGAGAAAUUGACCAAGUAUGAAAUCCAAAUAGGACAUUGGCCGUGGUUGCCCAAGUACAAAGGAUCGAGGACAUUGGUGCUCACUUUGCAUAAAAACAGUGAUGUUCUUCGAAAAGGAUGCAUACAAAGCAUCUUAGGCAAAACUGACAAUUUGUUUUUGCAGUGGUUGAACGAAAUUGAGCAAAGUAUUUGCGUGUUAUCCAGAAAUGGUUUCCCAAAAUUAAAGCAUCUACAGGUUGAGGAUAGCCCCUCCGCCCAUUACAUCCUCCAAUCAACAUCCCAUACAAAUUUUAAUACGCUGGAGUCGUUAAUUCUCAAGAAUCUCAUCAACUUGGAGAAAAUAUGCUAUGGACAUAUCUCCUCUAAGUCCUUCAGUGCAUUGAAAGUAGUCCGGGUUGUAGGAUGCCACAAGAUGGAAGUUCUAUUUCCUCUUUCAGUGGUGAGAGAACUUCCACAGCUAGAAGAGGUUGAAGUUGUCCAUUGCAGGACAGUGCAGGGGAUUGUAGAAGCUGAUGAUUUUGGCAAAUGUGAGUUGCCUAUGUUGCGUGUGUUGAAAUUGCGUGACUUGCCAAAUAUCAAGAACUUUUUCACCGCCGAGACAACUCCUUCGAGUAGCACAUCAGGCGACCCAACAGGCACUCAAAUUGCAUUCUUCAACGGGCAACAGGUUGCCUUACCGAGAUUGGAGACAUUAGAAAUCAUUGGCUUGGAUAACCUCAAAUAUAUGUUUUCCCCAUCCAUGGUUAAAUCUCUCACACAACUGAGUCAACUAAGCAUAAGCGAUUGCAUGAAGAUGGAGACGAUCGUUACGGAGGAAAAAGGAUGGGGAAUAGAAGCAUCAGAAACUCUGGCAUUCUCGAAUUUAAUUGAUUUACACCUACAACGUUUGGAAAGUUUGACGUGCUUCUCUCGCCAAAAGUGUUCACGAGAAGCUCGAAGUCGGGACCGGAUCAAAUCAUGCUCCCAUGCACUCUUCAAUCGAGAGGCAACGAUAGUUGGAGUAAAGAAAAUGCGGUUAUCUGAGUUCCCCGAGUUGAUUGAAAAAUGGCACAUCAAACUUAUUCCCAUCAAGUCGUCUUGGCAAUUAGAAUCACUGGUGGUGGAUAAAUGUCCAUCACUCUUUAAUGCAAUUUCAUCCAGAUUGAUGCUUGUUUUAGACAAUAUGAGGACAUUGCAAGUGCGCAAUUGCGAGUUACUAGAAGAAAUAUUCGAUCUUAAAGGCCUCGAGGAUGUGGACAGCACUCGGGUGCUGCCUUCCUUUGAGACUUUGAACUUGGUGAAUUUACCAAAGUUGAGGCGAAUAUGGAACGAAGAUCUUCAAGGAGCACUGCCCUACAAUUUUCUAGCUCGUCUGACCAUUUAUAAGUGCAGCAACUUGAGACAUGCUUUUACACCAUCAAUGACUCGGUGCCUUGCUAGUCUUCGAACGAUGGAAAUAAAGGAGUGCGGUCAGAUGGAAGGAGUGAUCGCAGACGAGGAAGGGCGGGGAAGAGUCGUGGAGAAGAUUUCAUUCCCAAAUCUCUUGAAGAUGGAGUUGGAAUGCUUGCCCAAUUUGACUAGUUUUCUCUUGGGGAAAAAUCAUAUGCUGGAAUGUCCCAACCUGGAAAGGCUAACUAUUGCCCACUGCCCCAAGAUGAGAAGUUUGACUUGGCAAUCUUUGAUGGAGAAUGAGCUUGGCACCCCUUCACUUUUCACUCCACAGGUACAAAUUCCUCAACUUUGGCAGAUUGUUCUCUCACACAUGGACAAUUUAAGCAAAAUAUGGACCGACAAUCCUCUAGAAACUCUCACUUGUGAACGAUUAAGGGAAGUGGAGGUUCAUAACUGUAAGAGCCUUGAAAAUCUGUUUCCGUGUUGGUUGGCUACAAGUCUAAACGAACUUUCCGAACUUCGAGUAGAGUCUUGUGGGCUCGAGGUUAUAGUCUCGAGUGGAGAUGACACCCGGCACUCCACUAUUGCUCAAGUUCUUUUCCCGAAAUUGACCUCUUUGGCGUUACAUGAUAUGCCACGACUCAAGAGCUUUUGUCCUAACUUUCCUACUUUGAGCUGGCCAUCCUUGCAGGAUUUGCGAGUGACUCACUGUGAUAAACUAAACAUACUGUCCUUUGCGGCACUUAUGAACAAGUGGACUCGGAGAGACCAUGAGCAGGACCUUUCAAACUGGGAAGCACACUAUUCAUUUGAGAGGCAUAUAGAUAGAGAGAGUGAGAGACGAGGCUCAGUGUCGUUUGAUCAGGACUACCUCGUGAAGCAGUAUCCGGUCGAUUUGAAUCUUUGUCGCUGUUUGAUCGGAACAAAUGCCAAUUGGAUGCAAAGGUUUCACGAAGAUCUCGAGCUAGCUAUCGAGGAUGAUGACGUUGCUGUCAUGGAGUCGAAGGAGGCAAAGUUGUCGACGUCAACAACAGGGCCGGAGAAGUCGAAGCUAGCGACGUCAACAACAGGGCUGGAGAAGCUGGGAAGUUGA